AUGAGACUGGCUGCAGGGCUGAUAUGAGUUUUGUAGGGCUGGCGUGAUAGUGAUUAGAGAUGCAGACUUGGUGUGAGUGCAGUCCUUGCUCAGUCAGUUAUGUAAUUUUUUGGUGCGGUUAAUAUGUUUUACUGUAUGAUGCUGUCAGUUUGAAGAUUUUUUGUUUGUUAAAUAGUUCAACCUAAAACAUCACCCAUGUUGUGCUUGGGUUACGACCGGCAAAUGUAGCCCUCGGCAUGAAUAUCUUAAGAGAAUUUUGAAUUUGGAGGCAACGCACAAGCCAGCGCAAUAGUUUCUGUAAAUUGACGGCUGUGUAGUUGUCGCGGUGAAGUUCAAUUGACGGAACCUUGUGGUGGCCUUUGGUUCACUGUGCCAGAAAAAGUAUAAGGUAUGUUGAUGAGGAAGCGGAGCAGCGUGGGUGUCCGUGUGGGUGGGACGUGAGCCGGCGUUACGAUCACCUGGAGCCGGCAAUCUUCAUGAGUGCCUUCACCUCGCCGUCGUGAGAUGCCGCCCACAUCACUUCGCUGAGGAAGCACCGACUCACACCUGGAAGCUCUUUGGAACUCUCUCGCCUUGGUUCUUCGGACGCUGCAGUAGUUUUUCUAGAGCCACCGUCAUGAAGGUGACCGUCUCCUGCCGGGCAGCCAUGGACAGCAUGAUCGCGCAGUGGAGAAGGCACAUCCAGGACCCAGCGAGCCAGCGUCUGACGUGGAGCAAGCCGCCACUCAGCGUGCUGGUGAUCAAGAAGAUUGGCGACGCCAAGCUGUUGGACUUCUUCCGUGAGCUCUGUGGCUUCCUCAUGGAGGAGAAACACAUGAUUGUUUACAUUGAGAAGAAAGUGCUGGAGGACCCUCUGUUGGAGGGGUUGGAGAGCUUCGUCCCAAUUCGGAGGAAGCUGUGCACAUUCCGAGAAGGCUACGACGACAUCUCAGACCGCAUCGACUUGAUCAUCUGUCUGGGCGGGGAUGGUACCCUCCUCUACGCCUCGUCCCUGUUUCAGGAGAGCGUUCCACCCGUCAUGGCCUUCCACCUCGGCUCGCUGGGCUUCCUGACACCCUUCAAGUUCGAGACGUUCAGACCCAGCGUCAGCCAGGUCAUCGAAGGGAACGCCGCCUUGGUGCUGCGCUCGCGCCUGCGCGUGCGUGUGAUGAAGGAUCGGCCAGCGAGCGCAAGGGACGCCCGUGACGGCGGGGUCACGGCGGUGCCGCGCGAGGGUAACGGGCCUCUCACCGGGAAGCAUCUGGACACCGACUCAGGCAAGACCCUCGUUCAGCUCCAGGUGCUCAACGAGGUGGUGAUUGACCGAGGGCCCUCAUCGUACCUAUCCAACGUGGACCUCUACCUGGAUAACCGGCUCAUCACUACCGUGCAAGGCGAUGGCCUGAUCGUGUCGACGCCUACCGGUAGCACGGCCUACUCUGCGGCAGCGGGGGCCUCCAUGAUCCACCCCAACGUCCCGGCCAUCCUCAUCACCCCCAUCUGCCCCCACUCGCUCUCCUUUCGCCCCAUCGUUGUGCCGGCCGGUGUGGAGCUCACGAUCAUGCUGUCACCGGACGCGCGCAACACGGCGUGGGUGUCGUUCGACGGGCGCCGCCGCCAGGAGAUCCAGCACGGAGACAGCAUCAAGAUCACGACGUCGUGCUUCCCGGUGCCGUCGGUGUGCUGCGAGGACCCCGUGCAGGACUGGUUCGAGAGCCUCGCCGAGUGCCUGCACUGGAACGUGCGCAAGCGGCAGUGCCACCUGGCCGACGGCUUCGGUGACGACGAAUACCACAAUGGGGACGGCAGCGUUGGGGCCGGCGGCGGCGGUGGUGGCAGCGGUGGCAGUGGUGGCGACGAGGACGAUGACAAUAAGCAGGGCUGACGCCCAGGCUGGUUUUCUCUCCCAUCCGGAUUUGUCUGUCACUUCGUCCUUCUCUCCCAACUCUUCUUCUUGGUUCUUUCGGUAAAGCAGCCGUCCUCAGGUGAAGAACAGGUCUGUCGAGAAGACAGAUUUCAGACUCUGUCUUCUCGACAGACCUGUUCUUCACCUGAGGACGGCUGCUUGCGUUGUGGCCGAAACGUCGUGAGAAUUAUUUUAUUAUGUUUUAUUUUUAUUAUUUUAUUAUUUCCAUUCUACGUGACUUUACCGAAAGAACCAAGAAGAUGAAUCCCUGCAGUCACGAAAGCUUUAAAUCUCCCAACUCUCCCAUAGGCUGGAAUGUCCUUCCCUCAGCUCUUCGUGCUGUCAGCUCCCCGCUUCUGUUGAGGUCCAGGCUUCAAUGUAACUGCCUUGACCCGUAGCCUGAAACGGACUUCCCCCAGGCAAUCAUGCUGUCAACCUCCUACCCCUGUUCAAGGUCCUGGCUUCAAUGUCUGUCUCAACACCUCCACAGUCUGGAACGAGCUUGCCCCCCAGGCAUCCGUGCUAUUGGCUCCCUGCCCCUGUUCAAAUCCUGGCUCAGGCCCUUCUCAUGUGCUCUGUCUAGGACCACCGGAUUCUCUCUCUCUCUAUAUAAAGGAAAUAAUCCAGAUGUCACAUUCAGACAUUACAUAAAUCCACAUUGUAUGUUUAUUGUAUGCAGAAGCUUUGGUCAAAUGACAUUCAUUUUGAAAAAAAACAAGUGCUGUCUUAAUGAUGGUCACUGGGAAACGUUAUGAUUACAUUUUCCAGGGACACAUCGAUAAAAUCUCGAAUUCUCAGCCUAAGGUUCUUAGUUCACGUCUCCUCCAUUCUCACGGAUCUUGCACCCUCCUUCUAAUUUUGGCAGCAUACAGACCUCCGCUUUAUACCACGUUCUUUAUUUGAAAAGCAGAUGAGAGCUCGGUGAGAAUAGGUGGCUCUUUUUCUCAAGAGUUAGGUUGGCUACAAAAGCAAGUAAGUGCACGUGUGAAAAGUGUAAAGGUGCAGUCCCAGCAAUUUCUUGAUCACGCCACUGCUGCUGAUGGAAGGCCGCCCUCCCCUCGACGGAGCAGUCGGCCUCCUCUUCUCCCGCUGACCCACACUCUACCCCACCACACGCGACCUGCAACACACGCUAACAAAGGUCAAAACACGGCUUCAUUAUACAGGGUCUGAAUGUCAAGCAAAUGAAAUAGAAACGUACGUAUAAAGCAUUAAGUAGCAGUUUACAAUUUAAAGUAUAGAGGUUUCAAAACGUAUUUUUUUCAGAAGUCGAUGAGAUGCGUUUAAAAUGACGUCAAGGCACUUCGACGCAUAUCGACCAAGCGGUUUUGAAAUGUAAGCGUAGGCACAGUGUUGUUCCUCGAUCUAGCAGCCUUGUUACAGAAAUAGCGGUUCCCAAAAAUUUCACUGUUUACUCUUGGCACGUAGCAACGCAGCAACGUGUCUUAAAUUGCAAGCAUUUAAAUGUGGGAUGAACAAAAAAACCCACUUAGACUUUGCGGUAAUGUCUUGGUCAGAACGCCUUAAAGACAAACGUGCGCUCGUUGUUGUGCAUUUCACCAUAUUGGCAGCGGAAGGCAGACGCAUGCACGCACGGGCGCAUGCGUGCGCACUCACGCGUGGUCCCGUUACGAAGAUCACCACGGUGUCGGCCUGAUGCUCGCGGAGAGUCAAUCACUGCCACCAGCAUCGUCCGCAUUUGCUCGCCUCGUGUUCGUAACGGUUUAGUUUGUUGACGGCUGCAUCUGCGCUUGUGUUCUGGCCGACUGAUGAAAACCCUUAAACGUAAUGUUCAUAUCUGGGGAUUCAAUUACAACUAAAAUCGUAUCAUUCGUACUGAAUUGCAAUGUCAAUGUAUUUGCAAGUUCAGCAAACAAUGCUGUUUUAAGUGUCAUUAUUACUCAUCUUGGGUUAUGUCGGUGCUUCUUAUGCUUCCCCCAUCUUCUGGUUCCUCUGGUCUGUAUUUUUAUUUGUCGCAGUCCCUUUCCAACCCCUGUAAUGGAUUUUAUUCCACACACUCUCACCUCCUGUCUCCUUAAUCUUUCCUCCUUUCUGUGCAUUUACUGAUUUUCUUCCAUCCUUCAUUAACCUUCAUACGUCCGUCUUCUUACCAUCGCAAUCGUUAUUUAUUCCUCUCUCGUUUCUCUGAGUUGUUAGGCCGGUGGUAACGAUUCGCCCCAGCCUACGGUGGCAACUCGGUACGAGAAUCAGAGCUCUGUUGUCUCGUUUUUUUAUAACCGUCUUCAGUUGUAUUAUUUAUCUUUGAUCUCUUUCGGUUGUUCAGUUUUCUUCUAUCGAUUAAGCUAAAUCUAUCACUAUGGAAUAUAAUUUGCAUAAAUCACGCACGAUUCGAUGCGUGUAACGUAAGCGUACAUGGAUCGGUAAAAAUCCACGUGGUUUUUUUACAUCGCUUGGACCCGACUGUGUCAUCCUGCCAGCCGUGUCUCAGGGCGUACGAAUCUGCCUCUCCAUUGCUGGCCUCCACCACACACACACUCUCCCCCAUAUCCAUCACUUCCAUCACUACCAUCGCUCUCCCACUCUCCUCGCUCUCACACUCUUCCUUUCUGUCUCUCUCACACUCUCCCAAUGUGGUUCUCUCCACUCUCCCCCAUUCUCCCUCGGGCAUGGGACCAAACCUCGUUUACCCGUCACCUAAAAAUAUAUUUACAAGAUUUCUUUUGGGUGAAGGGAAAUGUGUUUUUUUAGACAACAAGUUAUUCCGGAAGGAAUAGCCUAACCCCCCCCCCCCCCACUUCCCACAAUUCGAUGAAUUGUCACAGUUUGAAGUUAUGAUUCAAUUCAAGAAUCUUUUUUUUUUGGGGUCUCAAUUUUUUUUAUCGUUUUUAUUUUUUUUCUGCCUUGUAUAAUCGUAUUCGCCACGUUAUGUUAAAUGUAAUAUGAAGCUUAUAAAUUUGCAUAUUAUUUGUCAGUCUUAAAUAAUCGAUUAUCACGUGGGCGCUGUUUGUUCGACUCGCGCAUGGAAUUCGAUUUUAAUCGGUGAACGUCUGCAUCGUUCCAUGCCUUUCAAUCGCCCUCGACCUUUUGUGCAAUUCUCUGCCCGACAAAUAUGUAGCUGUCACCCUACUCAGUCACCUUACACAAGGGGUUAGGGAGAGCGAGGCUCGAUGAGGUAGUGCUGUAACUGACGGUUAGGGAAAGCAAGGGGAGAGGAGUAAACUAUUGAUGAUUUUUUUUGUAAUCAAUUACUCGGCAGCCGUUUCGAAAUUGCAAACGCCGCCGAGAGGCGCCUCAAAAAACGCAGCACUCUCUUCCCACAGUGCAUGCCCAGCGUGUUGAUUGUUAAUGUACGCAAAUGAUAUGCGACUCUGUAUGCUGGUUUUUUGUUAACAGUGAUUAAUCGAUUAAUCAAAGCAAUAAUACAUGGAUUAAUCGAUUACGUCACGAGUACGAUAGUUGGGAGUCGCAGCGUUCGGCCACGCUGCGUGGUGGGUGUUUGCGGAGCGGUUUCUGGGUGGGCGUUUUGGAGCGCUUCGCAUGGACUCCUUUGUCCCCCCCCUUCUCUGCCUGGACGUGGAGAUUCACGCGGAGACAUCCGGCCAUCACAAAUGAAGUUGGCUUAUCACGUGUAAAUGCAUAGCAGCCAAAUACUCUUGAACGCGUGUUGAUUCGAAACGUGGAAGGGAAAAACCGGACGGCCUGGAGAAAAAUCCACGCAAACCACGGGGAGAGAGAACGGGAGAGACAUGCAAACUCCCAAAUAUACAGCAGCAGGCGUCCGGGUGUCGGGCUCGAACCCAUGCCCUCCUGGAACUCGCGUUGGCCGACACAACGUGAAAAACCUGCGGCGGGGGGGGGGUAGUUUAAUUGUCCUCAUUGGCUCACGGAAGGUUUCCACACAGUUGCUACACUCCGCUGUAGGAGAAUAGAAAUCUGUUCCCUCUCGUGUCAACCAAUAUUUGGGUAUAUUUCUUCCCCAUGCAAUUAUUUAUAAAUGUGUUUUUUUUUAAACAAUGUUAUCUAUCUUUGCAUACAAGUCUAAAGCCAUGCACUUUCAAAUUAAAUAUUAACAAAAAAAUUGGACUUCUGAACUAUUUUGUGAACCAGUUGCUCCGUUUGCUUUUAGAAUAGUACACCCAAUAUUUUGCUAAUCAAUGAAUGUAGUUUGAACUAACCCGAACCCCCGUAAUCGAAACUAGGAGUGUCCCAAUGGACUAGAAAUACGAACCAAAUAUUUGUUCCUGGGGGAAUGAAAACGCGUGUGGGUGGAGGUGGGAUAUCCAUUGACAACACCGACAUUGAAGUUGGUUUAAAGUUUUGUGCGUUCACUAGCGGGCGAAGAUAUUCCUCCCCCCCCCUCUUGUAUUUUAUUCCCCAUCGAGUCGAGUACCAUGCGAGGGUUUAAUUCGUUUCGUGAGCUUUUGUUUUUCGUUGUUGUUUGAUCCGCAUGCCGUUUUCGAUUCAAAAUCGCUAAACAAAAAUCUACUGCCAUUAAAAACUUAAUUUCUGGCUUCCUGAGAUGUACAUAUUCGCCCGGAGAUCGUUUUCAUAUUGAUGUCUGACGAGAAAUAAAGUGUCAUUCUACCUUGUUAAUUUUGA